UGCAGAGUCCAGUGGAUCUGUCAGUCUGAUGCAGUUUGCUGCUCGCAGACCUGUCUGUCUCUGUCUCUGUCCCUCUGUGUCUCAGCUGCUGAAGACAAGAACCAUGGCAUCUCAAAAGAGGAACAGGGUGUUUGUCAUCGGAGUGGGCAUGACAAAGUUCGACAAGCCCGGAGCUCGAGGCGACUAUGAUUACCCUGAUAUGGCCAAAGAAGCAGGUCAGAAGGCUCUGGCAGAUGCAGGAGUCCCAUAUUCUGCCAUUGAACAAGCCUGUGUAGGAUACGUCUAUGGGGACUCCACAUGUGGGCAGAGGGCCAUCUACCACAGCCUGGGCCUGACCGGGAUCCCCAUCUUCAACGUCAACAACAACUGCUCCACAGGCUCCACGGCGCUCUUCAUGGCCCGCCAGCUCAUUCAGGGAGGUCUCGCUGACUGUGUGCUGGCCCUCGGGUUUGAGAAGAUGGAGAGGGGCUCUUUGUCAGCAAAGUACAUGGACAGGAUCAAUCCCAUGGACAAGCACAUGGAGGUGAUGAUCAACAGCCGUGGGAUGGUGGCAGCUCCAGCAGCACCGCAGAUGUUUGGCAACGCUGGCAAGGAGCACAUGGAGAAAUACGGAACGAAACCGGAACACUUUGCCAAAAUCGCCUGGAAAAACCACAAGCACUCUACCAACAACCCGUAUUCCCAGUUCCAGGACGAGUACAGUCUGGAGCAGGUGAUUAACUCCAGGAAGGUGUUUGACUACCUGACUCUGCUGCAGUGCUGCCCGACUUCAGACGGUGCCGGAGCAGCAGUUUUGGCCAGCGAGGCCUUCGUCAGGAAACACAACCUGGAGAACCAGGCGGUGGAGAUUUUAGCCCAAGAGAUGGUGACUGACACCGCCUCGACGUUUGAAGAAAACAGCUGCAUUAAGAUGGUGGGAUUUGACAUGUCUCAGUCGGCGGCCCGAAAGUGUUUUGAAGCUGCCGGUCUGAAGCCGAGUGACGUAGACGUGAUUGAGCUGCACGACUGCUUCUCAGCCAAUGAGCUCAUCACGUACGAGGCUCUGGGGCUGUGUCCGGAGGGUAAAGCAGGAGAGCUGAUUGACAGAGGAGACAACACGUAUGGAGGCAAGUUUGUGAUUAACCCGAGCGGCGGUCUCAUCUCUAAAGGACAUCCUCUGGGCGCCACAGGUCUGGCCCAGUGUGCAGAGCUGUGCUGGCAGCUCCGAGGGCAGGCGGACAGGAGGCAGGUCCAAGGGGCUAAAGUGGGCUUGCAGCACAACAUCGGCUUAGGAGGAGCUGUUGUUGUCACUCUGUACAGGUUGGGAUUCCCUCAGACGGCCAGCUCCCAUAUAGGUGCAGUUCCCACCAGCUCAGCCAGCGGUCUGGAGGGUUUUAAAGCUUACUCCGUCUUCAAAGAGAUGGAACAACAGCUCGAGAAGGAAGGAGAGCAGCUUGUCAAGAAGAUUGGUGGAGUGUUUGCCUUUAAAGUGAAGGACGGCCCCGACGGGAAAGAGGCGACUUGGGUCGUAGAUGUAAAAAAUGGCAAAGGUUCUGUCACCACUGACCCAGGUAAAACGGCCGACUGCACGUUGGCCAUGAGUGACGUGGAUCUUCUGGAUCUGAUGACCGGAAAGUUGAACGCACAAACGGCGUUCUUCAAAGGGAAACUGAAGAUCACUGGGAACAUGGGCAUGGCUAUGAAGCUGCAGAGCCUGCAGAUCACACCAGGCAAGGCCAAGCUGUGAGACCCUGAGCGAACUCGUUGUCUUCUGAGACGCAAUUUCUAGGACAAACAUGUUGGAAAACACGAAUCCUCCUGUUGCGUUUUACUAAUCAACAACCUUGUGGAAAACCUCUGAUAUAACCUUUGAUUUUGAGAGAUGGUACAUAAAGUUUCAAUUCCAGCUGCUACUUUGAUAUCAGAGCACACACACUUCAUAGCACUCAGAGAACUUUUAAUAUUAUAUAUAUAUAUAUUAAAUCUUCCUGAUGUAUCAUCUCUAAGUCUGAAUAAUGGGAGCUGCUUGUAACAUCAGUGAAAAUUUCAAUGUAUGUGUUUAAUUAAUCAUGUAGUUAAAACACUCAAUGUGCCUCUCAUUUCUCCCUAAUAAAUUAACCAUUUUGGUAUAAUUUUUUAUUGAAUAUAUGUCUGUAAAUGAAAGCAAUGAUCUAAUUUUUUAAUAAAUAAAUCCUUCCUUGAUAAUAACGA